UUGGCGGAAUGCGGGUGGGAAAAAAAUAAGGCUGUCAUCCAGGGAGCGAGGAACUUACACUUGCCAAGCUUUCUAGUUGAUGUAUUAGCAAAUAUAGGUAAAGGAGGAUGAGCAGCUCAGAGGAGGUGUCCUGGAUAUCCUGGUUCUGUGGACUGAGAGGGAAUGAGUUCUUCUGUGAGGUUGAUGAGGACUACAUACAGGACAAGUUUAACCUGACAGGUUUGAAUGAGCAGGUGCCUCACUAUCGCCAGGCUCUGGACAUGAUUCUCGACUUAGAGCCAGAUGAGGAACUUGAAGAUAACCCCAACCAGAGUGACUUGAUAGAGCAGGCAGCAGAGAUGCUCUACGGACUUAUACAUGCACGCUACAUCCUGACAAACAGAGGCAUUGCACAGAUGUUGGAAAAGUAUCAACAAGGGGAUUUUGGGUAUUGCCCCAGAGUCUAUUGUGAAAAUCAGCCAAUGCUUCCUAUUGGUUUGUCAGACAUCCCUGGAGAGGCAAUGGUGAAGCUUUAUUGCCCAAAAUGCAUGGAUGUGUACACCCCUAAAUCCUCCAGACACCACCACACAGAUGGAGCCUAUUUUGGGACAGGGUUCCCCCACAUGCUGUUCAUGGUGCACCCAGAGUAUCGUCCGAAGCGGCCAGCCAACCAGUUUGUUCCGAGGUUAUAUGGUUUCAAAAUUCACCCGAUGGCCUAUCAACUCCAACUUCAGGCUGCAUCAAGUUUCAAGAGCCCAGUCAAGGCAAUUCGCUAGAACUCAGCUCUGACAAAGAUGGUGGACUCAAAAGACUUUGUUGUUUACUACUUAUUUUAAGCAAUGGAUUAUGUUCCCUGUACAGUUCUCCAAACCCACAUCUGUGUUUAUGGACACUCAGAUCCAGCCAUUUAGAGAAGCACUGUUACAGUUGAGCGAAUUAGCUUGUUUUCUGUAUUAAACAUGUUAUUCCUAAAGGA